GUCUCUGAUAUUUACCAGUUCUGCGUCCCGCGCCUGUUUGUCUCUAUGGCAAAGAAGGGCUCUGGCAAUGCCGCAGCGUCAGAGGGUCGCCCUGCGAAGAGGUCGAAGGGCAGCGCCUCACAGGAGAUGCCUCACUCUUGCAUCGGUGGUCAAGGGACCUGUGACAAGCCAGUUGCAGGGAACACUGAUCUGUGCCAGAACCACCUCAACGUUCAUGCCCUUGCCUUCGGAUGGUUGACGCUGGACGAGUUCAAGCAACAGCUGCGGAUCGAUUCCGCCUUCAGCAAGCAGGUCGAGGCUGCCUUGCGCGUGAAGCUGGGCCUCGAGGAGAAGAAUUUUUUCGCCGAGGAUGUGACCAUCGAUUGCAUCCAGGGCGUGCGGGCUUUCAAGCGUCUCAAGGGUUUCACCGUCAAGCGCUUCACUGAGGUGUUCGGCAAAACUCCUCAGCAGUGCGGCAAAAUGAUCAGGGACCUCGACGACGGGAAGGGCGGGAAAUUCAAGGGCGCGUGCUUGGAGGACGAGUCGGAGCCCGACGUGAUCUACGAGCUCUUCACGACUACGUUCAAGCAUCGUCAGCAGUACAAGCAAAUGGCUGACAAUCAGUUGCACGCGACUCAGGCCCAGUCCAUUUUCACGAAGGUCAAGCUUGACGAGUUCAUAGAUAGCAGCCCCUACCACAACGCGGCUUCCAUGGGCGACAUCCGUCAUAAAGCAUCCCUGAAGGCCAUGGCGCUCGUCCAGGCGAAGAUGCAUACCACCCAGAUCGCCGACUGCUUGCGGAGCAACACUGGUCGUUCGAUGGGCGGGGCGGACGUGCUCAAGGAGAAGCUUCGCAAGAUGGGAGCUGUCGUCGAGCUGAAGAUCUGGGAGGACCAUGAGGAUCAGUACGUGGCAGCCCAGAAACUCAAGUGCAUGGAGAUCGCGACGGUCAAUCGCUCGGACCUGGACGAAUGUCUUGCGAAGAUUCGCGAAGUUGAGUUCCCAGAGAAGUUUCAGAGAGCCAUCCUCGAGCGCUCGGUCUCCGACCUCGUGGAGGAGCCUGUCCUGGAUAUCGAGAAGUUCUUCUCCAUCAUGAAUCCGCUGAGCUCGACUGAGCUGACCUUCGACCCCGUGCUCCCGACGCUCAGCGCCAUCGCCAUCAGCCAGGAGGAGAAGGCCAGACUUUUCUCCGACAGGCUGAUCGUUCGCUACCUUUUGAAGCUGAUCGAGAAGGGUGAGGAUAAGAAAUCUGAUGCCGAGAGGUUCGCGCUGUACGCCAUCGAGUGGCUCGAUACGAAGAUUGACGAUCAGGAUGUGCAUAUCAGCCCAGAGGUGGACGAGAUGUUCAGUACUUCCCUCACGAUCUGCAAAGCUUUGUGCUGCAUCAUAGAUCACAUCAAGGUCGCUGGGAAGUCCGCCGUUUCUCGUUUGGUUGAUGCUGCCAAGAAGCGAGGCCUCGAGAAGUGGGGCGAUGUGAUUCACAAGCGCACGAUGGAGAUCGUGCAGAGCAACUCGAUGGAUGUGGACCCGUAUGUCGUCUUGAGGGAGCUUGGUGAGAUGAAGCGGGAUCUUGAUGCCAGUGUUUGGCGCCCAUACGCUGACUCCAUCGAGAACUGGUUGCUCCACAGGUUUAAUUUCUGUGACAUGCGAUCGACGGUCAGCGAGGUAACGUCCCCUGCCAAGCAGAAGGAGCUCGCUGACAUCAUCCUCGACCAGCUUCGCUUGAUGAAAGGCUUCUUCCCUGGCAGGAAGGCCGAGCUCGAGGCUCACGAGGCGACGGGCCUUGACUUGAGGGACUCCUUCGCCAACGGUGAGCUGCUGGUCCAGGCGGUGGAGCUGCUCAAGCAGUUCACGGUCCAGGACCCCAAGAUCGUGCUGUCCCAGAGCCAGUGGGACGAGGUCGCGAAGGUGGUGGCGCUCGUGCCCCAG